AUGGAGACCAUCAAAGGAUGGAUGGAACGUGCACAGAAUCUCCUGAACAAAGAUCAGAAGUUCAUCCUUGGGAUGCUCUUCACCGCUUGCCUCAACUGGGCCGACUUUGUUUCAGACUGGUACGUGAUUCUGCAGUAUGGAUGUGUCUUGGGCCACGAUCUGAGCACCAGCUGCGAUGGGGUCGAUCCACAGGCCGAGUGCGAGGUACACGGCUGGUGGUUCGGCCUGGGCUUGGUCCUCCUCAUCGGCUCGAACGUGGUUCAGAGUGCGUUGUGGAGUUUUUUUUCCUCCGAGGAGGUGUUCGGGAGGAGGAGAAUUAAGAGGAUGAGCUGGUGCGAGUGGAUGGCCAAGCUUGGCCUUCUCUUUGUUAUGGGCCUUUGCCAACUCCACUACCUCGUCGACAUCCAACUUGCGGUCCGCAGAGGCGCUCCAAGCGGCGGAGAUGAGACAGUUGGCAUCAUACUCCGAGAGCUGGCGACCAAGAUCGGGGAGAGUGCCCCACAGUUGUAUCUGCAGUCUUACGUCCUCUUCGCUGUAGGGGCGCAUGGCAGCCCCAUGAAGAUGUUCUCCGUCGUCAUUUCCAUCAUGGCAUUGGCGCACGGCAUCAUCAAGACCAUGGGAAUGUUUGUGAGAGAUUCCGACGUUGUGCCCCUGGAGGGCUUUCUGUACCGAGUGGUAGCAGGCAUCUGGUUGGCCACUGACCAAGGCCUUCGCUCCGCCGCCAUCGCCUUGGUCCUGUCAGCAGAGGCGAGGCUUUAUGGGUCGAUGCUGCUGGCUGCGUUUAUGGCUUUGAGCUCGGGUGUGUUUUACAGGACAAACCUGCAAGAUAAUUCUAGUGUGUGGAGGGAUGACAUGCCCGAUACUGUUUUGGUCAGAUGCCUUCUGUUGUUACUCAGCCUGCUCUGCGGCUACGUGGUCCCUGCCCUCUGGAUGCACGAUGUGUUCCACUGGUCCCAGCCCGCGUUCGAUCGAGUCGUGGCCAUCCGGUGGGUCGAGAUGGCCGCGUGCGCCCUACUGGCCCUCCUUCUUGCCAAGAAUGUCUGCGGAUACACUCCAGAUCGAGAAGUGGCCGGCCUUGUUGGCCUCCUGGUGUUCAACAUGCUUUGCUAUUUCUGCCUGAGAUGCUGCUUCGAAGAGACUGGAGAGUUGAAAUGGCCCCUCUUGGGACGCCGGACAUCUGAGAAGGCCACUGAAGCUUGCGAGCCCCAGGCAGAAGUCAUAAGCAUCUCGUCGUUUCAAGACUUUGCGGAGUCGGAGGAAGAUGCGAAUGCCCGACCAGAGUGCAAAAAAGAAGAGCUUGGGACUUCCAACGCCGAUUUCGAAGGUGUCAGGCUGCCGGCAGACCAUGAGGCCGUGCCGGUGCCGGAGGGCGUGAGUGUCGUCUUGCUGACCGGAGACGUCGCUGGGGAGGGUGGGGCCGAGAUGAAGCCCUUCAAAGGGAAGAAGAAGGCCAGAAAGAUCAGAAAGGUCAGAAAGACCAAAGAAGUCGUGGCCGAAAGCGCCAGCCCAGGUGGCGAAGCCAUUGGCAAAGGCCAAUUUGACGAGGAAGCUGACAAAUCGCCGACUUCUCCCAAAGGGAAGGUGGCGAAGUCCGGGAAGAAGAGUAAGAAGGAAGCGACCUUAACUGUAGAUGAGACUGCCAUUGGAAAGCACCAGGAGGAUGCAGAAGAGGACGCAGAUUGA